AGAAGUUGAGACGACUUCAAAAGUUGAAACCAAUCCAAAAUGUAUAACCCCAACCCCAAGUCCUGAAUCCGUAAGCUUAACGUCCCAAACGUCAAACCUCAAAUUCCUCCCUCUUCUUAAUUAACCACUUUAUAAAUACCCAAUAUUUUUUAAUUUCCCAUCUCCCCAACUCUCUAUUUCAUUUUAUACUCCAAAAUUCAGUUCACUUCCGAUCCACCACCAGCAUGCCCGGCGUCUCUAUUCCCAGAAGUAGGCGGCCACAGUACUCGUCGUCUUCACGACCCCUAAUCGACGUCGUCUCAUGGUACUGCGCGGUGGGGCUAUUGGGACUUAUCUUGAUAGGGUCCAUCAGAGAAACUUCCUCCUCCUCCGGUGAUCAGGGCAGGUCGUUGAGAGGGAACUUGGUGACUUGGCGUCCCUGCGAUGAGAUAUAUGUGGUCGGAGAAGGAGAAACGCUUCAUACGAUUAGCGAUAAGUGCGGUGACCCGUUUAUCGUGGAGCGGAACCCCCAUAUCCAUGACCCGGAUGACGUUUUCCCCGGUUUGGUUAUUAAAAUUAUUGCCUCCUCCACCCACAAUAACCUUCCAACUUCGGAUUGAUCCAUACCUUCUUCAAUUCUAUUUUAUCCUCUUUUUUUUUUUUUUUUCUUUCGACUCCCUAAGGCCAGAUUUUACCCACCCCAAAUAAAAAUUUAUAAAAACAAAAAGCAUAAACUUUAGGUUUUUUUAGAACUAUAUAUGAUUUCCCAGAUCGAUAGAUGUGUAUAUGAUGUCGAGGUUUGUGGAUUUUUCUUUUUUUAAGGAUAUAGAGGUAAAAUAUAUAGCUCAUCUUCUUCUCCUGUAUGUAUAAAUAAAUAUCAUAAUUAAUACAUAUAUCUAAGUAAAGUUGUUUUUUCUCCCUUUU